AUGUCUACCAAGGAAUACAAACACCUUACACCGGAACAGAUCGACCAUUUCAUGGAACAUGGUUUCAUUAUCGUGAAGAACGGAUUUACGAAGGAGAAAGCUGAAGAGUGGACUCAGAAUAUUUGGGUCAGACUGGGUUUGGAUCCUAAUGACAAGGCAACAUGGGAUCGGGAAAGAAUUCACAUGCCUUGGCACAGACGGGAAAACGUUGCUAGCUUUGCGCCAAAGGUUUGGGAGAUCAUGAAGGAGUUGCUAGGUGGGGAAGAGCGCAUCGACCAGCCUAGUGGAUCCUGGGGCGACUCGUUCAUAGUCAACCUUGGCACAGACGCAUUAGAGAGACAGGACGCUCUUGACCCUCGGGACCUAGACAACUGGCACGUCGACGGUGACUUCUUCGUGCAUUACCUCGACUCUCCGGAACAAGCCCUCCUUGUAAUCCCCGUUUAUUCUGAGAUUAAACAUCGUGGAGGUGGCACGUUCAUUGCCCCCGAGGGUAUUGACAUGGUCGCGAAGUACCUCGCAGCUCACCCCGAAGGUGUACUUCCCACUGGAAUGUCUUUCACUCCUUCGACUUCCACAUAUACCGAGCCCAAGGACGAUCCUGGUUAUUACUCUCAUCUCGAGGAGGUAAAGAAAUGUAAUAAGUUCUUUGAAAUCACUGGAGAGGUCGGCGAUGUCGUUCUCUUGCAUCCCUUGAUGCUCCAUUCUGCCUCAAAGAAUCAUCUUCGCAUACCUAGGAUCAUCACCAACCCGCCAGUGUCUUUGAAGGAGCCAUUUAUUUUCAGUCGAGAGGAUCCCAACGACUUCAGUCUGGUGGAGAGGAAGACGCUCAAAGCUCUUGGUGUUGAUAAACUGGAUUACAAUAUCACUACUGAGAGGAGAAGGAUCGUGCCCAGGAGCAGAGCGAUGAAGGAUAAGUUGAAGUUAGAGGAAGAGAAGAGGUUGGCAGAACUUGCUGCCAAGAACGCGAACAGUGGCAUCUCCGUAGCCCCUACCCCCAUUCAAGUUGCUUGAUCUAAUCUGUUCACAGAUUUUAUGUACAUCAUUAUCUCUCUUCCUUAUCAGAAAGCUGGAUGUUUGUUGAGAUGUACCAUUAGCCAUGUAUUUCUUCUGUAAGACUAUUGCUAUACGAAUGUGAUUCGAGUCUAUACUGCGGUUUCAAUUG